CAUAUAUCUCAUAAAGAAGCUGAAAACUGAAUGCUAAGUCAUGCCUCCCAAAAUGCUUCUGAAAACGUACCUCACACUUCUCCCUCUCCUGCUCCUCUCCGGCGGCGCGUGUGGUCUCCUCGUCACCGAUCGCCCGUUAGGUCUGGUGUCCGACGGGGGAAGUGCGGCCGCCGGUGAAUGCAAGCAGACCUACGGCUUCCUGCCCUGCACCAACACCGCUCUCGGCAACAUCUUUCUAAUCAUCGUUUAUGGAUAUCUUAUGUACCUCGCCGCCACAUACCUCUCCAGCGGCAGCGAGCUCUUGCUUCAGCUUCUCGGCCCCGGUCUCAUCGGCGGCCUCUUCCUCCCUAUUCUCGGCGCUCUUCCUGAUGCUAUGCUCAUUCUCGUGUCUGGGCUAUCUGGGAGUGUAGUGGAAGCUCAGAGCCAGGUCUCUGUUGGAAUGGGGUUGCUAGCUGGGUCCACAGUGAUGCUUCUCACUGUGAUUUGGGGGACCUGCGUGCUUGUUGGCAAAUGUGACAUUCAAAAUUCUGUUGCUGUAGACUUGAGGGACACUAAAGGUUACAGCUUCACUGGCUCUGGUGUUACUACUGAUGUCUGGACAAGAUAUGCUGCAAUGAUCAUGGCUGUAUCAGUAAUCCCGUUUGUCGUUGUUCAAUUGCCACAGCUCCUCCAUUCGUCUUCAGGAAGGCACUUGACGGUCUUGAUAGCUCUCGUCCUUUCGCUUUCACUUCUGAUUUCAUACUGCCUUUAUCAGGUCUUUCAACCAUGGAUACAAGCCAGACGGCUUGCUUAUUCGAAGCAUAAACACGUUAUAUCAGGGGUUUUGAAACAAUUGAAAAUGCAUGCUUUGGGAAGGCUUUCCACAGAUCAGGGAACACCUAAUAUAGAAGUUCUGCAAAAGCUGUUCAAAAGAGUUGAUGCAAAUGGAGAUGGCCAUCUCUCACAAUCUGAAUUAAAAGCCUUAGUUGUUGGAAUCACUCUUGAUGGGGUAAACCUAGAUGAAAACGAUGCGGUAGAGAAAGUUAUGAAGGAUUUUGAUACCUCUAAUGAUGGUAAAGUUGAUUUUGAGGAAUUCGUUGCUGGAGUAGAUAAAUGGCUUGAUGAGUUUUAUGGUCCCAGAGUUUGCCCCGAAUCAAUCUCAGAUUUCGAACAUUUCCAAGAGCAAACAAAGAGAGAGCAUUAUCUUUUAGGGGAUCAAAGUGAUGAGGCUACUGAAGGUGCUGAAAAUCCCAAAUGGACCUCAAUCAAGGCAGCCUCACUCUUACUACUGGGGACUGCCAUUGCAGCUGCAUUUGCAGAUCCUCUGGUGGAUGCCGUUGACAACUUCUCCACCGCCACGAAGAUCCCCGCCUUCUUCAUCUCAUUCGUCGUGCUCCCAUUGGCAACCAACUCUAGCGAGGCCGUCUCAGCAAUCAUCUUUGCUAGCCGGAAAAAACUCAGAACAGCUUCAUUAACAUUCUCCGAGAUAUAUGGAGCAGUGACUAUGAACAAUGUUCUUUGUCUGUCAGUGUUCCUUGGACUUGUUUAUGCGAGAGGAUUAAGGUGGGACUUCUCAUCGGAAGUGCUGGUUAUCCUCAUUGUCUGCAUUGUGAUGGGUGUCUUUGGAGGCACGCGCUCUACAUUUCCACUCUGGACUUCCUUAUUAGCAUUUCUUCUUUAUCCUUUCUCUCUUGCUUUGGUAUAUGUCCUAGAUUUCAAAUGCGGUUGGUCAUAGACUCAUAGCUAUAUACUCUUAGAGACCGUUUCACCGUUUGAUUAACCUCACAUUACUUUAGAAAAUGUUAGAUUUCUGUAUUAGUUAAAACUGAUGUAUGUAUUUUAUGUAAUAUAAAUAUAUUUGGUUGAGAAGUUACCUUUUA